AGCAUCAGCCACUCUCCAUAAAUCCAUCUGACAUUCUCAUUCCAACCCGUGCCUCAUGACUGGUAUGCUAUAUCACACCACCCAACCCGCUCUGAGAAAAUUAUUUUUUAAAAUGUAUUUCCCUAGGAAGCAUGACCCUUGCUUGCCAAUGUCUAGACCUCUCUGCACAAUUUUCUGCACCUAUAACUACAAGGGAGAAUUUGUGGGUUACCGUACACACACACACGCCCUUCAAAGUAGUUUGAGUGGUGGUGGUGUGUGUGCGGGGGGUGGGAAGCUCGACCACAACACUGAACACCCCACCACAGACUAUCUAAUAUCUUUGCACGCGCAGAGAACGAAUACACAGGCAACCAUUUGUUUCGACUCUGGAAGCAUGUUUUUUUCCAUUUCCGUGUGUACACUAAGACCGUGCCAUGGCUGAGGAAGCGUCCACCUCACCUGUGUUUGAGUUUACCGACCGAGAGUUCUGGGGUCUGGAUUUCUGCUUCCGAACCUUCAACAAGAUGUACAUCAAAGACAUCUUACAGCUUCAAGAAUACCCUACAUUCUCAGGUGCAUUUGCCUACAAGAAUCAUCCCAUCUACAAAGUGGAUGUUCUUGGAACUGUGGUCCGAGUUGAACAAAGAAGCAAGUGUUUUGUGUAUGCAGUUGAUGAUGGUACUGGUGUCAUUUCUUGUUCCUGUUGGAAAAACAAUGAUGACAACACUUCAGAUAUUGUUAAGAGAUUUCAGAAGCUGCCACCUUCAUUGUUAGCUAAAGUUGACUCUAUCCUGUCUGACGAGUUAGAAAAUGAAGGAUAUCAGCUGGGAGAUCUUCUGAACGUCCGAGGAAAGAUCAAAGUGUUUCGAGACAUGAAGGAAAUAUCUGCUUCUUAUCACUCUAAAGUAGCCAAUCCUGUGGCUGAGGUGAUGAGAAUGACUGAGCUUCCUUUGUUGUACAGACAGAUGUACGACAAGUCGUUUCAGAUGCCAUUUAAAGUUAGGCAGGAGAUCGCCUUGAUGGCACAGGAGAAGGAAACAGGCCGAAAGAGUCAGCUACGUAUCAUCAGAGAAAUCAGUGAUGCAGUGAGAACUCAUUUGACUGGAGCUCCUUCAGUGCAUCUGUUCACAACACAGGACAUGAUCAGACUGAAAAAUGUGCAGUCUGUUUUACACCAGAUAUGUGACAACACAGAAUCAGCUUAUGAUUCUCUUGUAACCAUGGCCUUAGCAGAGCUAGAAGAACAACAGGGAUGUAUUUGUCACAGAACAGAUAAACGAACUUACGAGGUUCUUCUUUAUAAGAAUCAACUUCAAGAGAUUCUCCUUCAGAUUCUUGUUAGAGAAACGGAGAAAACAAAAUACAGUGAUAAAGGCUGCCACUACCUGCAUCUUCUCGAUGAGCUUCACAAAACUGUUCAGUACUCCAAGCUGCACAAGACUGCCUUACUGUACUGUCUGGAGAAACUAGAGACAAACAGUGAUGUUAUCAGAACAACAGAACACCACUACAAGCCAUGUAUCUCUUGACAAAAAGACACAAAAAAUGUACACAUUCUUUUGCUUGUGAAAUGGGUUCAGACACUAACCAAACAUUGAAAAACUACAAAUGGUGACGUUAUUGGAACUACAGAACACCACUUCACGCCAUGCAUCUGAUGACAAAAUCACACAAAAAGAACUUAUGUACAGAUAAUUCUGUUUGUGGAAUGGGUUAUUAAUUUUACAAAUAUUGAUGGUUUGAUGAUAAUAUAUUGAGUGUGGUGACUGGUGUGUGACGAGUAAACCCAUUAAAACCUCCAGUUUGUUACCCAAUCUACAGAAUACCAUCACAUGUAUCUCUCGACUACCUGAGAUCAUAACCAUUUUAACAGUUGACAUUUUGACUGAGAUACACAUUAAUGGUUGACAUUUUGUCCAUUGACAUUUUGACCACUGACAUUUUGUCCAUUGACAUUCUGUCUGCACACCCCUGGAGAUAACUGUCCUAUUUACAAAGCACAUGACGGCAAUCCCAUGAGAACAUACUGCAUACUGUUAAUAGCGUCCUCUACAAAAGUCUUGUAGAGAGAUACAAGGUUUUAUAAACUGAUGCACUCAACAAGUUUAUAUUAGAAUCAUAUUCUGUACAAAAGCUUAGCUUCAAUAGUGUUCAUGUGCAAACUAUACCAAUACUCCAAGACUACUGAAGAAAACCCAAAAUAUGUUGUAUGUUUAAAACGUAUUAAAAAAAAAAAACGGUAUAUAUUCAUUACAGGCCUCCCAGCCACUUUUACACAUUAAAAUAUAGGAAAUAUAGGAAUUUGCAUACCAAAAUAUAGGAGUUUUAUAGGAAUUUUAAGGUCAAAUAUAGGAGUUUUAUAGAAAAAAAUUGACCGAUUAUCAUGAUUAUAGGCAUUUUACAUGGUUUCUAAAGACAUUUAGAUUACUAAUAGUAUGUUUUUACCUUGCAUAUGUACGGUACACAAGAUACCAUCUACUACCUUAACAAACAGGGUUAAAAAUUAGCAGUCGCCCGUGGCGAUCUUUAUUGGCUAAGGGCGACUAUGAAUUUUACAAAGGCAGUCUGUUGGGCGACCAUUGAUUUUAGGGUCUGGCGAGUAUGGUUCCAGGUGAAAAAUAAAUGCACUGAAACUGAAUCGAAUGUGAUAAAACACACCGCUUUUGUGCUGGUGCAAACAACAGAUCUGGCAACAGACAACAUUAUAGAACAUGUUCUAUAUUUUGACAAUGCCAGACUAGACUAGACUAGAUUCGGCCUCAGCUUCUGCAAUUUUGGUCCGGGGCUUUAAAAAAAUAUAGCUCAAAACGUAUUGCAGACACAUCAUGUUUUGGUGGGGGUUUUUAAGUUGUCAGUUUAAUGGACUGGAUACGCCAUAAUUAUUUAGUAGACCUACUUUUUGACAAUAUUCAAUGUUAUGGUACAAAUUAAUCAUAUGUAAUUAGCUUAUAUUAUUCUGGGACAAAAUCAAAUUUUAUCUUUUACUAACAAUGAAAUGUUCCAUUACUACACAUGUACAUGGAUUAUUUCAAAAGUCAGUUAACUGGCAUGUAGGCCUAAAGGAAAUGUUUUAUUUAACGAUACACUCGACACAUUUUAUUUACGGUUAUAUGGCAUCGGACAUAUGGUUAAGGACCAGACAUGUAGGCCUAAAGAUGAAAAUUAAUAUAAAAACAUAUUAAUUUAUUAAAUUGUAAAUCUGAAAUAACGUUUUGGGGGAUAAAAUAUUAAGUGUAAAUAAAAACUAUAUAUUUAUAAAACUGCAAAGGAUAAAUCCAAGGUAAUCUGAACGACAAAACCGCAAUACGAGAUCAGGGCCAUAUCUCUGCACAAUGCAGAGUCGACUGGGUAUGUGGCAAAGUAGUGGUUGUCAUGUCAUGUCAUAGGGUUUUACGUGCACAUU